UUGGCUCGACACGGGCGUGUAACAAUUUGACCUGGCUAGUGUCGUAGUGGAUGUGGACAGCAGCGCCGCAGACUGAAAAAGGACCAAACCUGCUUAGUUGUAUUGCACUUGUUCUCCUACAUUUACUGUAGAGUCUAGCAUUCCUGAAAAACUAGCGCACAAGCUAACAGCUGUGGACUGAUGGCGGCUGUGAGGAGUAUGAACAAACUGUAUGGAGUAUGUUUCCAUGCUGUUCGUCGAACGGCAGGACUGAAGGCAUCACGGCUGCUUCAACACAGAGCCUUCAGAGUCGGUGUUGUGCACCGUCAGCAGCCCUUUGACUCAUCCCUGGAAAAACCACAGUUCCCUGGAGCCUCAGCAGAGUUUGUGGAUAAGCUUGAGUUCAUCCAGCCCAAUGUCAUCUCCGGAAUCCCAGUGUACCGGGUGAUGGACAGGCAGGGCAACAUCAUUGACCCCUCUCAAGACCCUCAGCUCUCCAAAGAGCAAGUUCUGAACUUUUAUCAGAAGAUGACUCUACUGAACACGAUGGACCGCAUUCUUUAUGAGUCCCAGAGACAGGGUAGGAUUUCUUUCUACAUGACCAACUAUGGUGAGGAGGGGACACAUAUUGGUAGUGCUGCUGCUCUUGACCCAAGCGACAUAGUCUUCGGUCAAUACAGAGAAGCUGGAGUGCUGAUGUACCGUGGUUUUCCUCUGGAUAUGUUCAUGGCUCAGUGCUACGCCAAUGCUGAUGACCUUGGCAAGGGCCGUCAGAUGCCUGUCCACUAUGGAUCAAAAGACCUGAACUUCGUCACCAUCUCCUCUCCUCUGGCCACUCAGAUUCCACAGGCGGCCGGAGCUGCAUACGCUCUAAAGAGGGAGAACAUGAACCGUGCUGUGAUCUGUUAUUUUGGUGAGGGAGCGGCCAGCGAAGGGGACGCACAUGCAGGCUUCAACUUCUCCGCCACCCUGGAGUGCCCAAUAAUAUUUUUCUGUCGCAACAAUGGCUACGCCAUAUCUACCCCCACCAACGAGCAGUACAGGGGAGACGGCAUCGCUGCUCGUGGUCCUGGUUAUGGCAUGCUGUCCAUCCGUGUCGAUGGUAACGAUGUGUUUGCUGUGUACAAUGCUACAAAAGAGGCGCGCCGCAGAGCCGUGGCUGAGAACCAGCCCUUCCUCAUUGAAGCAAUGACCUACAGAAUCGGCCACCACAGCACCAGCGAUGACAGCUCAGCUUACCGCUCCGUGGACGAGGUGAACUACUGGGACAAGCAGGACCAUCCCAUCUCCAGGUUGAGGCACUACAUGACGGCCCGGAACUGGUGGAGCGAGGACGACGAGAAGAGCUGGAGGAAGCAAUCCCGCAAGACGGUGAUGGAGGCCUUCGAGAGGGCCGAGAAACGCCUGAAGCCGAACCCCGAGCUGAUGUUCACCGACGUGUACCAGGAGAUGACGCCCAAUCUGAACAAGCAGAGAGAUUCCAUGUGGAGGCACAUGAAGCAGUACAAAGAGCACUACCCUUUUGAGCUGUUUGAUAAAUAACCAGUUUCCCAGGACAAAUGGUGUGAUUUAAUGCUGGAGUGGGUGAGGACUGGCAUAAACCACUGCACACCUUCUACUGUAUUCAUGAAAUUAUAGAUUUGAGGUUUGAUUUCUAUCUGCACAAAGAAGGAGAAAGAUUGUGUUUUAAAACUAAAUUGUAUUUCAUGCCUCUGGGUUUGGUGCCUUAAGUUAAUAGAUUUACUGCCGGUAGUAAAGCUCUUCUCAAAAUGCUAAAUCACUCGUUUCAGUUAUUCUUCAGUCUUCAUGUACUUUUUAAGUGCAGAAAAAACACCUGGUGCAGUUUGAAUGCAGAAAUAUUAAAUCGAGCAUUAAAUGGUGAGGUUUAACCCCUGUUGUUUUCACUCUCCUGUUACUGGUUUUUCCAGUGAUCAAUGCAUUUACCAUGGUUCCUUCUGUAUCACUGGUGACUUGACUAACCUGUGUUAAAAAAUUCCUUCUUUCUUUGGUGUACACUCAUAUUUUAGAUGGGACUGUAUGGGGUGAUGCUGUUACACAAUAUACUAAAUCCUUGAAAUGUAAACUCAUGUGACAUUUGUGUUUUGCGUAAAAUAAACGUUCAGAAGUC